AUGAUAACUGAUUAUGAAACCUUAUUGCAGUUUAACAAACAACAAGUCACUAGUGAAAUGAUUGAUUUUCUGGCAUCAACCACAGAAUCUAUCAUAGGAAUUCAAGAGACUCGUAGCAUGAUUGCCAUUGCUUUGCCAGCUCCACCUUUGACAAAAUUCAUAAAAAAAUUGGUCACUCAUUCUAAUGUACAAACACCAACAUUGAUGGCCACAGCAGUAUACUUAGCUAAAUUACGUUCUAUUAUUCCAGCAAAUGUAUUUGGUAUGGAGACCACCCGUCAUAGAAUCUUUCUAGGGUGUCUCAUCUUAUCGGCAAAGACUCUUAACGAUUCCUCUCCUCUAAAUAAACAUUGGGCAAAAUAUACCGAUGGGUUAUUAUCUAUUAGAGAAGUGAAUACAAUUGAACGAGAAUUAUUAGAAUAUUUUGAUUGGAAUGUCAUUAUUGAGACAAAAGAUUUGAUUACUUGUUUACAACCUUUAUUAAGAACAAUGAAGGAUAGACAAACCCAAGCUAGAAGAUCUUCACAAAACCAAAAUCUAUUAUGUUUCAACUCUCCAACUUCCUCAUAUCAUCGUUCUACCACCACAAUGCCUUCCCCACAUUCUUAUCACAAGAAGAUGUCUUCAACUGUAUCCUCACAUUCCAUAUUACAUUCAAGAUCAGAUUCCAAUUAUUCUAUCCCAUCAUUAGCUUCAACUUCCUCUGUAUCGUCAAUGGCCUCCAGAAGAUCUAAACAUUCAUUAGGUAAGGUUCAAAUGAUUCCAGAAGAAAACCAAUCAUAUACUAAUACAAAAAACCCUUACAAUGUCCCAAUUACAGAAUUCAAUAAAGAAAAUAUCGUCGAUAAGACAUCACGUCUUUCUUCAAAUUCUUCAUCUCCAGUGAAACCCUUUAUGUUAAGGAAUGGAUUAGUGAAAAUUAAACCAAUCUCAACUACCGUAGAUUCCGCAUCAAAUUGGGCUUCAUCAUUCUUUAACUAA